CCCCUGCAGAACUACAUGGUCGGCUUCCAAGUGCCAGCUGUGGGCGAGAAAGAGUGCCCCUUUGUCUUCAAGAAUGGGGCCCUGAAGAUUGGUGGCGAACGAGAGCCAGUGCCCCGGCCCAAGAGAUGGCCGGUCAGCAACAUCUUAGCGAUGGGGGCUCAGAACAUCCCGGAUUGCUUUGUCGCCGGCUGCAAUUAUGAGGAGGAAGAUGGAGAGCUGACCGCACCGGAGGAUAGAGAGAUCAGGAUUCAGGGAGAAACUUUCAAGAAAAGGAUCAUGUGGGACUUGGAGAGGCGCUGUUACCUCGAUCCUGGAGCUGUGAUCUGGUGAGAAAACACAGGCUGUACUCUGGGGGUGCUGACGACGAUUCCUCAGCGUCUUUCUGUUCCUUUGUGCCUCAGCUUUCGGAAACGUAUUGCAGAGUGCCGGUACUGGCCUGUGGAGGUUGCCAGAAUGCCGGCGGUCACAUCCACCAAAGGAAAAGGCGGCAAAGCAGAGAAGGGAGGAGGUGGCGGCAGCAGCGCCGGCGGCGGAGGAGGAGGAGAGGAAGAAUCCAUUUCCUUCCACGGGGUUGCUUAUAUCAACAUGGUGCCUUUGCUGUAUCCGGGGGUGACGAGCAUACGGGGCGCAUUCCGGGUCAUGCCCUUCCACGAAAGUGAUGUGUUUGAACGGACCAAGUGCACCACCAGCCUCUUCCGCGAAGGCCACCACUUGGCGGCCAACAGGUUUGGGGCGACGGGGCUGCCUGUCAAAGUCGGGGGGAAGAAUAUGAAGGAGGAGCGGCCGACCCGGGAGAACGUUGUGAGAAAGAUGUCCAAUAUUGUGAAAGCGCAAGGCUCCGAGAUCGCCAUGGAAGCCGUCAUAUCAAUGUGUCAGAACGUGGAAGGGCAGCAAUACGUGGAUGCCGGGACAUUUUUGGUGCUGGAAUUUGCGCUGGACAAAGCCUUGGUACCCAAGCGUUUGCCGGAGGAACUCGCCAGCCGGGUGCAGGAGAUGAUCCCUCCACGUCCUCAGCUCCCUCGAAAGACCACAGGAGCAAAGAAGGCGGUAGAAGAUUACCACGCUCAGAUUAUCAGCAUCGCUGAGACCCUCCUAGAAGAAUACCACGAGCUGUUCGGGAGACAGUUGGCCGAAGGCCUCGUGGUUGACCACCAAAACCUGGAGGACCAGAAGUGCCAGCUCAACUAUGAGCUGAACAGCUCAGGGAAAUAUUUCGCUUUUAAGGAGCAACUCAAGCACUCCGUGGUGAAGAUAGUGAGGGAGAAGUACCUGAAGACGACUUCCUUCGAGAAUCUGGACGAGCUCCAGGCCUUCCUGAGCGAGCUGUACGUGUACCUGGUGGACCAGAUGCACGUGGCCCUGAUUCAGGUGCUGUCCCAGCAAACCCCCAGCCCGCCUCCUCCCAUCUACAACACCUCCGACCACCUCCUGCUGUUUGCUCGUGAAGCCCAGAUCAACGGGGACUUUGACUUGGCCUUGACUUACUACCAGGAGAGACUGGCCCGUGACCGGCAGGAUAUCCAGAGCUGGCUUGACUAUGGAGCUUUCUGCCUGCUGACCGAGGAGAACCUCAAAGCCCAGGAGUGCUUUCGGGAGGCCGUGGCCCUGAAUCACAACCACCUGCCCAGCCUGCUGAUGUGUGGUGUCAUGGCAGUGAUAAUGGAAAAUUACGAAGAGGCGGAAGUUUUCUUUGAGGAUGCCACCUGCUUGGAGCCCAACAGCGUCCUGGCCUGGACAAUUUUAGGCCUGUUCUACGAUAUCCAGGAGAAUGACAUUCGCGUGGAGAUGGCAUUCCGGAAAGCGACCAAGCUCUUGAAAGCUCGUCUGGUCAAGGAGAAACCAUCGUUGGAGGUGCCCCCCUCUGCCUCCCCAAUCCCACAAACGCAGUCUGUCUCCUUUUCCAAGGAAGAGCUGGUUUCUGAAGAUGCUGUGGACGUCCCUUUGAGACUCCGCUCGGAGUCCACAGAGCCGACCAUCUCCAUCCGCCGGCCGGAAGAUGAGGGGGCCGUGGCCAAGGUCUCCAAGCGGCUUUCCAUCGCCCCCAGCAAACUCCGGGUGCCUUCUGUGAGAGAUCCUGCCAAGGGGCCAGCGCUUAUCUUCGAAGUAGAGAGUGGCCCUCUGCCUCCCGCCCCGGCCCCCGUCUCCAUCUUCAGGGAGACAAUCCGCUUCUUGAUGGACGUCAAUGCCUUCCAGUUUGUCCACAAGGCCUUGGCGCAUGAACUGGUCAGCCCGCAAGGUGGGCCCAGCUGCGAGUAUUACCUGGUGCUGGCCCAGACGUACCUGCUCAAGAUGGAGUACGACAAGGCCGAGGCGUGCCUCGAACAGGCCGUCCAGAUCGAUUUCUUGUGUCCAGACGUUUGGGCUCAGAAAGGGCAUCUCUGCUACCUGACCAAGAACUUCGGCGAAGCGAAGGACUGCUAUGAGCGGACCGUCAGUUUCGUCAGCGAUGCUUCCGACAUGCAUUCUGUGUACCUGCGUCUGGGAUCCAUCUACCUGGAAAGAAAGGAGUACAACAAAGCGAAGAACAUCUUCCUGCUGGCGAGUAAGAAAUCCCCGUCCUGCCUCACCUGGCUGGGUGUGGGAAUCGGCUGCUACAGGCUCAAAGAGAUGGUGGAGGCCGAAGACGCCCUCUCUGAGGCCAACUCCUUGAACAACAAUAACGCCGAAGUGUGGGCCUACUUGGCUCUCGUCUGCAUGGCGGGCGGAAGGCAGCUGGAGGCUGAACAGUCCUACAAAUACGCCGUCAAGCUGGGUUUGGCCAACGAGGAUCUUCUCCGGGAGCUCAAAGAGGUGCAGUUAGAAGUGGGCUUUGGCGACCCGUCAUUCUGAACGCCUCUG